AUGUCGCAAUUGGAUAACGAAGCACUGAGAUCGUGGCAUAAACUAUAUAAGCUGUACGCAGAGUCAAACAACUUAGCAAGUGAUCCCCAUGUCGAAGCAGAGUAUCAAGCUGUUGCAAACACACCGCUGGAUCAUGCAAGUGAGGUUCGUGAAAUGGACUUGGCAGACGAGAUCCCGUUGCUUCUGGAACUAAUUGAACUGACUCCGAAUUGCGAGGAGUUGAAGCUGGAGUUGAAGAGCUUGCUCGCGAAAUAUUAUUGGGCCGGGUACGAACUAAGGGGAAACUUGACCUAA